CUUGCUCUUGGCCUAUUUUGAUUCCAGUUUCGUGUACUUUGUGUUGCUGUAAUUCUGUUGUUUCAUCGCAAUACAAAUCGCCAUGCAAUUAUUAAGUGACCUUUUUUUGAUUUUUUUCUAGCUGCGUAUUAGCACCUGCGCGUGUUGACCGCCGAACAACACUGGAAGGCUCGCAGUCCGUCUAGUCGAGCACCUAGUGCAGAAAUCUCAUCUAUAGAUAUUUUUUUAUACGAGUAUUUCACGGUAGCUACAGCCCGACGCGCGUGCGGAACCGCAACAGGGUGGGAGACACAAAGUCAUGGCGCUGUGUAGCAGAGGCCGGUCGUUGGCCAUGGUGUCCAUGAUCAUAGUUGGAUUCUUAGGAUGGCCUCUGAUCGCGCAUGGACGGAUGUUUGCCCGGGUACCGGCCGGUUGUAUGGGAGUGAAUCGAAAUCGAACCACCGCGUUCGCACUGCCCUUGGGAUGCUAACCCGUUGUGUCCUUGCAUUUUGCAUUUAUUUUCGUGUGUCGCAGUAAAAGAAUGGAGCAAAGGUGACAAGCAAGCAAGAAGUUUAAGAAAAAUCAUGUCCCGAAGGAGUUUCACUGAAUGUUGAACGUCUGACCUCGCAAACGCAUCAUGGAAAGCACGAAUGAAAAACAUUCGCCUGCAGCUGUGCCUGCGAACGUGCUUGCUGUAUGGGGCCCUUUGUAGAUUAUGCCCAAGCCCAAGAGCGGGGAAUCAUUUAGCAGAUACAUCACAGAUGAAGCUGCUCGAACGUUCCUCUGCAGCAGCCUCUCUUUCAUGUUGAAAGUGGGUUCUUCGAAGAGAGGUAAAUAGAAAAUAACUGGAGCGGGACCUAGCAGGCAUGCUCUUUUACGUACUUGAUUGCGCCAACCGUUAAAUCUUUUGCAUGAAACUGUGCAAGACCUGCAUGAUUAUGCUCAUGUGCGAGACCUAGACCGCACCUUCUCGUAUCUUCUUCUUGUUUACUCAAGGACUACCAGUGCAGGGCGUGGUCUUUCACUUGAUACGCUCGGGCGGCGGCGCACAGAGUCGUAGUGGCUCCCCAGCAUCGUCGUCGGAGGGUAGCUCCUCCACAGGUGACACGAGCUCAGGCAGCGCCCCGGGCCAGCCACGAAGCAGUCGCACGAGCACGGAGCAGACGACAUUGGAAGACGGCAUCGUGGAAUUUCUAGAAGAAUCUCUGUGUUUCAAGGACCCCCUCCAGAAAGAGUGCUGCAACCCCUGCUGCGGGGCACCGAACGGGGAUACGCUCAAGCAGGCCUUCAACCCCGGGGAAGAGUGGGGUUUGCUCCCAGCCCGUCCCCCCUGCGAUCGCCGGCCGAAAGUAACACGGGAACAGCAACAUAGUGCGCUGGUCGGGGAGCCUACAACUGUCGUAACACCUUGAAGGCUGAUCUCACGCGACCCUGCGUAAGGGAAACGACGAUGGAUGAGUACAAGUUUUAGGUUCGCGCCAUGAUCUGCACACGGACGUCAGUUGUGCGUGUCGCUACCAGAGGCUGGUGUGUCCGACUACUCAGAUCAGGAGGACUUUGCAGUUCGCCUGGUUUUGUGCAAGAAGGUUACUGGCCGUCUAGUGUAAGAUUUCGCUUGCAUGCAUGAGAAGCGACACUUUCUCCAUGCUUCUAAGUUUAGUAAUUGAUGAUGAUGGUAUCUAUAAUUCUUGGUAUAGAUGAAAUGCUUUUGCUGGAAAACACGUUCAUCAUCUUCCUCUUGCGUUUCGGUGGCGAGGACAGUUUUCAUUCCGAUACUAGGCCGAAGACCCGGGCCGCCACGUCCCUGGGAGCCGGCGCAACCAGGCCUUGCCGGCGGGCGACCAACCAUUUUGCCCUGACUUGGACCUCUGUGGCGAGGACCGGCUACCUCUCUUAUGUUGCGGUCGACACCACACCGUGUUUCCGUGCGAGAAUAUCAAAGUGAAAAAAGCCCCCACCCCAUACUGAAAAGACAAUUUGUGAUGCUGGAUUUGUGUAAACAAAAAAAGCUCUGUGUUGCAGCAAGAGCUCGUCGGCAUAUUCUAAGUCCAUUUGGUUACGCAUCCGGCUAGGAGCUGCGCAUGAGAAACAAGUCUGACAUAGGCGAAAACGUAUGACAGACUGGCUGCACAAUGCGCCACAUGGGCGCCGUUUGCCUUGUACGCAAGACAAAGCUGAUUUGUGUUCACAAAUCAGCAUCAGAAGUUUCCUUUCCGAUAUGGAGAGGGGGGAUUUUUCCUCACAAUAGAGAACUACUGCUGCGGGUUGACGCUCAGUGACAUUUCCGCGGAGCCGUAUUCGCCGAAGCCGCAGUGGCGGUGCCCGGGAUAUGACAAUGAAAAAUGCCCCACUCCAGAACGUGGCAGCAUUUGUAUUGCAAACUUUUCCAAUUGUAGAAACAUUCCCCGUCUUGCAUGUAUCGGCAUCACAAAUUUUCCAUGCUAUAUGGAUCAAAUUUGUGUUGCAAAGGAGCGCAACAGCAGCCGGAUCUGUUAUGCAAAAGAUACCUUACGGGCCUAGGUUCUGCAUCAGAAAGGCUCGUAGUCCUUUCAUGCAAGACAAAAAGCUUUCACUUGGAAACUUUGCAUGAGAAACUUUUGCAAAUUCCGCGGUGGGGGCAUUUUUCAUUGUAAUGCGGGAGCUUUCGAAACCUGUCACAGCAAUAUCGUGCAGAAACUUUUUCCCAAUGCCAGCCCAGCCUACGCCUCUUUCUCUUUCAUGAAAAAGCAAUGCUAAUGCCUUGAGGAGGCGGAGGCCACAAAAAAACUUUGCGAGGUUUUUCUUGAUGACGCAAUUUCAACACUAAGCGUAGGCAAAAAUAUGGACUCCUUGAGGUGUGGGUGUGCCUAACUGAUCGAAUAAGUAGUAGGCACAUAACAGGCAUAUAACAAGCCAGGACUACACAAAAGAUAAAUAUGACCACGGGCAGCCGGCCGGUAUUAAUUCGUUUUCCUGUGCGAUAUGCGAAGAGGUGCUCAAAGAAUGCUUCGCGGACGGGGGCUACCUCCGAAAGGCUGCCUGCACAUGCCCCUGGGGGAUCGGUGGUUCCCAGUACGAGGCCAUGUCGCCAGUAUCCGACGACGAGGUUGCACGGGAUGCGGAAAGUGGCGCUCGACGUAGACCCCGACCAAGUAUUUUUAUUUUUCUGUUGUUGUAAGUAAGUGGAUGCGGAUACUGAUACUUUUUGUUGCUGGCGGGUCGAUUUGUUCUUCAGCGCUAGGAGCUCCUGUUUCUCGUCAGUGACAGUCUCGAGCAUCUUCCAGAACGGGUCGGUUUUCCGAAGCGUUUUACUACGAAAAUUGAUAUGAUUUUUCAAGCCCUUUUUUAUCGUCAUGGCUUCAAGAUCAUCUACCUCAUGGGGAACUGUGAAGCGCUGAGGCUGACGUUGAUGGUGCACCAUUUGCAACUUCCUUGAGACCUCACUGUACGUGAUGACAGAACAAGAUGACUGGCCGUGCAGUAUGCUCAAUCUUGUGCGAGCACCUCAACCAUCGCCUUCCUCUCUUAACAACUACAGGACCGCUCCUCAGUGGAGCAGCAUCGCAUCGCACCGCGGCAGUGAUGCCGCGCGGCUCCGUAUGGAGAAAAAAAGCCGCCGCUACAAAAAUCCUUAGCAAGAUGACGAUGAGAUACUUGUCUUGCACGUCGACAACUUUCUGUUGUAUUGUAGCAGCGCAAGGAUACAGAAACUAUAAUCAGUAUAUGUUUUUCAACAACAACGAACAUACAUGCAGUCAUUCAAUGAAUGCAAUAGAAUAUACCUAUGCUUUGGUAGUAAUGCAUGGUUGGUCUUGUUUUUCGUAUUCGACAAAAAAGUUGUUACAGUGACACCCUUGUAGUUGCACCAACUUCAGCAACUACACAGACUUUCUCUGCAUCACAGAGGGACUUGCAAUGCAAAGAUCAUAAGGGGAAACAUGUGUGUUGCGCUGCUUGAUGCAAGCAUUUCCGGCAGGACAAAACUUGUCUAUCUUGCUGCGUUUGCAACACAGUGUGUAACUGUAACGUUUUUCUCUGUGCAUUUUUCGCGCAUACGGGGGAGCAGACGAUCAGCUGGCGGCCGAGCGCGACGCGGUGGUGGACGGGAUUCGGGAAAGACUGGAGGCGAGGUUCCAAAUAUCCUGAGUAAAAAAUAAGUCCCUGCUCCACAGUCAAGAUGGAAAAUCUGAGACACAAGCGCAGAUGCUGUGGAAGUCACGCAUGACUACAAGGUUAGCUAGGCGGUGCCAUCGUGCCUAGGUGCUAGUGCAGAUGACGCGUUGUAAUGGAGUCACCCUGGUUAAUAUUCCGAUGAACGCAUGAAAAAGUUGCAAACGCGGCAGGAAAAUGCCUCUCGCGGAGAGCCGCAUGAGAAACACCCUCCGCAUGCAGACUUUUUGUAGAACAUAAAGAUUUUUUCGAUGAGGUGCUGUCGGGGAAGCAUGGCUCUUUAAUAUAGGGCAGGGAUGUUUUUAUUUAGGAUGCUGCAGGGACGACCGGCGUAGUAGAGCCGAAAUCCAGGCACUUGACCGCCAUUAUGCGCGGAGUCCGGGUUGUUGUGACGACGUGUGGGCACUUCCAGCCGCGGUUCGUGGAGUAGCUUUGCUCGCGAGUGCCACAUUGCUCGGCGCGCCAAUUUGGCUGGGAGCCGUGCUGCUUGAACCCCCGGUAUCUGUCCUCUUCGGUCUAGGGCUAUCAAAUGCAAAAGUGUCUGGGUCUGGAAGAUUGCCAGGUUUGUCAUGCAUAUUUUGCAUGGCCCAUGAUGCCUGUAGUGCAUGACUUAGCACCACAGAUUUUUGGAAGGCUUCCUGAUGCCUAUUCCGCAUGACAAAUUCCUGAUGCCUAUCCCGUCGAAGUCGUUCGGACUAGGUUUAUUACCAAAGUGGCGCCAGGGUUGUUAUUUUAAAGACUGCGCUAAGGCAGCACCCCCCCUUCCCCAAGGGGCCCCCCGGGGCGGGCGCGGUGGCGGCUCUGCUAACGCGGAGCUCCAAAGUCCGACUCUACCUAUGCGCAUAAAAAGGGUGCGCGGAAGCAGGUCGGUAAGGUGCUUGAAAGGGGCAUGCUUUGGGGUUGCCCGCCAUCGUGAUAGGGUCAACGUGUGUGACCAAUAGGCCCCCAGUAUAUCAUAGCGCGCAACCGACCACAAAAGCAGUAGCGUUUAACGUUUGUAAGAAUAACCCCGCAAGGCAACACUGGAGCUCCACCUUGCUCGCGGGCUUGGAUGGUAAAUCAGGUCAGCCACAUCUAACGCCCACUGGCCGUAUACACGCGUAAGAAAUCGGAAACGGUUCAGCGGAUGCGGUCGGGUGGUACCUGUAGGACGUGGAACGGGUGUCCACCUAGGGGUAUUGGCAGAGGCUAAAUCUGUUCUAACGCCACGGCAUUGGCAGAGGCUAAAUCUGUUCUAACGCCACCCUGACAGGAGUCAAAUGUCAAAACGAUACGAUACGAUACUCGUAGCACAAUCUGGCCUCCUCUUGCUGGUCAUGCAAUACAACAUUUUGGAAUCCAAAGACAGCAUGACAAGUUUGGAUCCUUCCAGACCCAGACAUAUUUGCAUUUCAUAAGGGCGAGCGACUUGCAAUCGAUGUUCCACGCUGGACUACAGACACUCUGCCAAGCCGCCCAUUGUCGAUCCCGCGUCUUGGCUAGCAGGCGAAAGCGAUCUUAUGGAAGGUGAAGAGACCAAUGCUGAGGAGUCGGACGCCGAGGGUGAAGAAAAACUCGAUGACCAUUUGCGCGUUGUCGGGAACUUGGAAAUGAUGCGAUGGCUGGACUUUUUGCGGCAGCUCUCUUGGCUUGCAAACCACGCGGUGCCCCAGGAUUUGUACCACGAACACGCAGUCAAUUCAAUGCAGAACGCAGUGCACGCUGCCAGCUCUAUGUUGGGCGGCGUUGUGCGCCAGUUCUCCGGAGCCGCCUCCAGCGCGGGAGGUUCACAGCCGCGGGCGAUGGGCGGCGCAAUGGCCCCGCGAGUGCACAACGGCCUGGUACUCCGGCGCCGUCAGAGGAACAAAAGGUUCACCAUUGCGAGUUUUCCACAAGACACGCAAACUGAGCAACAGCAGGCCGGGCGCGCGAGUGCAAACGACAUUCGGAAUCCGACCCUUGCCGACCAAUAUUACGAUCCUGAGUUGUAUGUGCAGACGAUGAUGGAUGGACGCAGCAGCCACCGCAGCUACUUCACAAACGACGAGGAGAAGAAGCUGCGCGACGUCGUAAACCCUGAAGGUGCGGCGUGGGGACCAUGGCUCACGACCUUGACGGACGACCGUUUUUUUCGGAACGAGUUUUUCAUAUCAUUUGGAAGAAUUGCAAUUUCCCGUGGCUGCACCACCCAAUCAAACAGCUAUAAAUACGGGAUUUAGAUUAUCUGCGUACGUCGACGCGCGCCAAUGAAAAUGAACACUAGGAGAUGCUUGUUUUUGUUCCUUUCGAAAAAAGUUUAAGUAGAUGGAGAUUGUUCGCGCAGCGAACACGCUCCUUUCUCACGAAGUAAGUAGAGAGGCACGACGUGCAGGCUAAGCACAAUGAGGGGCCGCGUUUUUUCACAUGGAUAUGUCAAAAAACGCGCGACGCUUGCGUAUUGGGGGGUGCCUUUUGGUGCAGUUUGAUACUUCAACAGCGAGGACCACUGGAGUGAUCUGUUGCAAAGCCUGAUGCGACUACCGGAGAGUACCAAUGCCGAAAAGCACUUUGCGCUCCUGAGUCCCUUGGCCUUUCUCCACUACGAAAAUCGCCGUUUGGGAAACGAUAUGCAAAAAUGCAAACAUAUCUGGAUCUUCAUGUGAGAAAGUAAAGGCGUGUCGUAAUACUGUCGUCCUGAGCGUGAUACAAACAUAGGUGCGACACAUGGCCCACAGACACAAAGUAUUUAAUAUUUUGCCGCUCCUUGCUUUCAUCUGUCGGCGUUAGGCUUGGGCACCAUCUUUACACAUUGAAUUUUGCCUGUGCGCAGAGGCCACAUUUUUAGGACUUGGUAACUAGACUGAGGUGCCGCCCAUGCUGUUUGGUCUGAUGGAUGUUUACGCGCGUAAGCGGUCUCGACGAAUUGGUUGGACAUACUGUGUGGCUCAGCCGCUGGAGGCGGCGAGUCGGUCGAGAACCUUACGCGGCCGCAGGUGACUGAGAUUGGCACGACCGUCGUCGAGCCGGGAGGGAUGCCGUAUAGGCCUCCUGUCCCUAUUCUCUUGGUCUCUUUCUGCCCACCCUGACUCUGACCCCUUCUAGGGCCAGACACGUCUUGGCCUCCAAUGAGGCGUCAGGAGUCUUUCUGUACGGUCUUAGUCUUGCCACGGCACGUGUGCACGCAUCCUGACUACAACGCACCACCGCCCUUCCAAGAGUAUAGUCUAGCUCACACCAGAGCCGAAGGCUAUGUGUGCUCUAGGGGUGAGGCCCACUGCCCGCCCCGCCACUUCUGAAGGACGCUCGCGGUGCGUUUCAGCGUUAGGGUGUGUGCUCGCGCACCACCAAACGGCGACCCAGCUCCCCUUCGGGGGUGGGGGCCGCUGUAGGCAUCCAUCGGUCCGUGAACGGACGAAGACCAUACAGUAUGGGCAUUGGCACCUGCAUAAUAGUUAACCCUCUGCGCAGUAUUCCGCGCAGGAUAGAUGAUGAUGAUGAUGAUGAUGAUCCUGUGGACGCCAGCCGUUACUCACUUCCCAACAGAGGUAGUGCGUUUGCAUGGCAUAGGCGAGCUGCAGCUCGAAGAGUGGGAGGGGGAUAUGCUCGGCAAGGGCAUGAAGUUUCACGUGCCACUGCAGCUCGUUGUGGAGUACGAAAACCUGCUGCACGCAAUCCCGAAGUAUCCAGGAACGGAUGGGUGGAUGUAUUCCCUUAUCACAGAGGAAAAGCUAACAUACUUACUAUCUAUUUCCGCGAGCAAUGAAAUAAUAACGCAUUAAUUCUUUGUGUUUGUCAGAGAGGACGAGGAGGGCCAGGCCGCCAUGCCGUAGGAUAAAUUGAAUAACACGCUGUUUCUUUCAGCUUCGCAAGACAGAGUUGUUUUCAUUUUUGCAUAUCCACCCUCGUGUAGCCUACAAGUGACGCUCUCGCUGUUCACCUGCAGGGGUUCUGGGUCCCUCAACAUUACAUUGACCUACUUAUUUACCUGGUGGAUGUUGGCGGAGGUCCAUGCUCUGUCAGUUAAGUGUGUAUUUUAUUUCAUGUUUACAUUACGUGUUGCCAUCAACAUCUUCAAGUAAUAUGUACGCGCUUUUUUCUCUGGGAUAUCCCGCGCCGAUCGCAGAUUCAUAGAGGGGUAGUUAAGUCUAGACUUUUCCGUUCCUAGAAAAAUUGCCGCCGUCCGUCUAUCGAUUGUCUCUGCGUUUUUUGUUGCCGGUCGAGCACCACGAUCAUUUACUACUUGUUGGUUUUUUUUUUCCAAGAAAAAGGUCGCUCGUACCAGGGCCUUGAACCAUUGACGCCAAGCCCAGGCACGAGAGAAAGAAAGAAAGAAAAAGGUUGCUCGGAUCAAUUUGAUACAUACAACAAGUUGUAUGCUUUGGCUUUGCAGAUCUGCAUCUUGGAAGAGCUGCCUUGUCAUCUUGCGAGCACCCUGAGCACGAAAAUGAUCUAUGAUGUAUGUAUGUAUACAUAGGAAGAAUUUGAAGUGAAUGUUGUCGCUUAGAUGUGAUCAUAUGAAUCAAUAAUAAUUUAAUCUGAUGCAUGAUGUCAGGAAAGGGAAAGGCAAAAGCUGCACUCAGGAACGUGUGCAAUACCAUUUUUGAAUUCGCAAUUAUAUUUCAGACUUGACCAAUUGAAUGCCAGACUGAAUUUCUUUCUCCAACCAUUUGCAGGCAGGAGCAUCCGGAUUUGCUUCCCGUUCCGUCCGGAAAGGCGGCUGCAAUGGCGUUGAAUUUCUAUCUGAAUUUGGGCAACAAGAGGUUGUAUCAAAUGUAAAAAUGAAAAUGUCUGGGUCUGGAAGAAUGCAUGCAUAUUUCUCAUGACCCAUAAUGCCUGUAAUGCUUGAACUAGCAUCGCAGACUUUUAGAGGGCUUCCUGAUGCACCUUCCGCAUGAGAAAUGGCCCGUCUGUGUAGCAAAAACUGUACCCAUUUUGCUGGUCAUGCAAUACAAUUUUUUUUAGAGUCCAAAAACAGCAUGACAAGUUCCAAUCUUCCAGACCCAGACAUUUGUACAUUUGAUAGGCUGGUAGAGAAUGUGAUGCUGCAGUUUAUCCGCCGAGAGGAAACCGGUUCUCGGGACGAUCGAAGGGUAAGCCGAGAGCUGAUCACCGCCCGGCAGACCCACCUGAACAACCCCUACGCUGGCGGCCGCACGGAGAAAGUGCAUACUAAGUUCAUUCUACGGGGCGUGAUGGGGUUUCAGGCCAUCAAGCAGGCUUUAGCGACGCCGAUGCUGGAAGGCAUCUUCGAGCAGUUUGACCAAAUGAUGACACAGAUAGACUCGCGCACCCGUGAGGACCAGGGACGAAGGAGAAGAGCCAAAACCGUUGAGGAACAGCUGCGCCACCGUGGUUGGUACUGUCCCAUCACACAGGAGAUCAUGCAGGAUCCAGUGGUUCUCCAAGUUGAUUUAGAGUCACUGGGUGCCCAGCUAGUUCCUUCGAUGGUUGGGCGCGUUGUGCAGGGCGGGAGCACCGUUGCUACGGGUAUGGCGCGAUGGUGGUCGGCCCGCCGGGACGCACCUGACGAACCGACAAGGGAGUUGGAGGACCAAGAAGAGCUGGAGGACCAGCAGGAGGCUGGCAACGUCGAGCAGCCAUCGUCCCGGCCGGGUGACGGUUCUGAGGACGACCGCCGGAACUUACCGGAGGUUGAAGCCCUCUACGUGUCCGUGCGCCCUGGCAAGCUCCGCUAUCCAGCAGUUCACGACAAUAAUGUUUCCUGCCCAGAGAAGGCAGCAAAUUCAUCUGAGAGGGUGUUGAUGUAGUCGGUGCGAAGUUCUUUCUAUUUGGUUUUAGAACUAUAUGUUGCACUUUCACAUGCGUUCUCUUACGUACGUGGUAUAAGUAGAUAGUACACAGGCUAGCGCGAGACACGCUUUAGACGUGUUUUGAGGUCUUCCAGGCCUACCAUGCAAGCAGAAAGCGCCCUCCGUUAUAGACAGGCGCACAAAUAAGACGGCAGUCGGACCAAAUCAAUGUAACACAGUAGCCGUUGCAAUUGCUACUUCGGCGCGACGUCGACAGGGGCCGAGUCGUAUAAUCGAACUUUUAUCUGCAUAUUUGCAUGCUCCUGUCCCUGGCAAUGGCAAGUUUGCAUGCUGCGUCGCCUCGGCAUCACUGCUCAGAUAAAAACCGCAAUAGCCAACCGAGACCUCGGGCGGGGAACGAUUUUCAUACGAUAGCCUCCCCAACUACAUCCAGGAGGGUGCGGACAUGUGGAUUCCGCGGCAGCCACACAAACAUGUCUUCGAGAGGCACGCCAUUGAAACCCACCUGAGAGCGUAUAGAUACGAUGCUUAUAUUUACUUAGUUCGCUGCUGUUCUUCUUUUUCACAACUAUUGUCAACCCGCUCGUCGUGUUCUCCAGGUGUUUGUAGACUUUAAGUCAGCUGCAUCAACGAAGAAAUCCAGUUGUUAUUAAAGUACACUUCUUUGUCCGAUCUGGAGCUCUACCAGCGGAAACAGAGGGUUCUGCGCCUACUUGAAGAGAGAGCAUCGUCCUCGAGCUUGUAUUCCUAUCUAGAACGGGCGGUCGCUCCGCGCCCGCCGGCCCGGCGACGGGGGGGUGCAAGGGGGAGAGAGGGGAAAAAAGCGUGGCCGCCAGAGGCCAGCGAUGCAUGUUGAAACUGUGUUGGCGCGAUAAGCGAAAAAGAGAAACGGUCUUCCUCCCUCGGCGGGAGCGAAAGAAGCGUGCGUAGGUAGAGUCAAGACCGCUACGCGCGAGGAGCGGUAGGGGGCACAGAGCGCAGCCGCUUUCCAAGCGUCCACAAACAGGCGCGGCGGAGAGCGUGCGCAGACCCUUUUUAAAGGCGCGGGAGGCUAGCCACAGGAGGCAGACCGAAAAGAGCGCGCCGACGGCCGAAAGACGAGAAAAUCGGCCGGCACCAACCAAAGACAGCCCGAAAAAAAGGUAAGUAGGCGAAAGGAAGCCCGCGCCCGGGGGUGAGGCAAAAAGCCCCGGAAACGGAAGGGGAAGUGCCCGAACAGGCCGAAGGGGCGAGCCAUAAUGUAAAGAAAUUAGCCGGAAACACGCCCGGCGGCCCAAAGAACAUGGGGCAAAAUCAGGCAGCCCCGGCGAGGCCGAAGAGUCCGCGGCCGGCAGUGGGCACGCGACGAAGCCCGGCCUGCAGAGCCACAGGCGGCAGGGAAAGGCGCAAACUGCCGCCACCCCUCGCAACAGGGGGCGAAUGGCAAAGGGCGCCAGAAUGCAGCAUCACUUCGGCCUGGGGCAGCCAAUCGGCAGCCGCCACCCAGACAGACAUCUGAGAGGGUUCGGCUAGGGGAGACCACAGCCCCAAGCCCCCUGCCCGAGGCUCCUCGACAGGCGGCCCGGGCGAGCUUUUGCAUGCUGGUCUAGUGUGCUUCCGUCGGGGUUUCUCGCUCCGGCUGCGUUAACGGGUUUUCUCACUAGUGUUUCCGCUUUCCCCAAAGUCGGUUUUUUUGUCACUAGUGGCUCCACUAGUGAGUGCCUUCACUAGUGGCGCCUGUCACUAGUACCUCUCGCGCUUUUUUGUCACGCUAAAAUCACUAGCAGAAUUUCUACUAGUAGCCGUUUUUCUGCUAGCACGAUUCUACUAGCAGGAUUCCUACUAGCACCUCGCACCCCCCCGUCCGCCAGAAUUUUUCCAAUAGUAUUAUAGAUAAUAGUAAGAGAGAGCAUCGUCCUCGAGCUUGUAUUCCUAGUACAAGCGUCGCGCUUAAAGCUUGCCAGGCUGUUAAGAUAUCGGGCGUGUAAGUUCAAAAUAAGUGGCGCGUAAGCUACUCGUGAAAAGUCUGAAAGCCUGGGAGUUUUGGAGUUGAGGCAACUGCCUCAACUCCCGUGUCUUUGUGCGCGACAAAUACUUGUCGCAAUUUGAGGACGCCGGAUUGUCAUAUUCCGGCGGGCGGUGCUCGCAAAAUCGAUUUUGUGAGUACCCGUGGACAGAUUCGAUUUUGUGCGCCCCCCUCGGGCACGCAUCUCGAAGAUGCCUCAUCCUCGGGCGGGGCCACAAUAACCUCGGAGGGGCGCCAACUUUGUGCCUGAUCGAUGCCUGGGACGUCCGGCCUUUGGACUGAUCGGCACUUCCGAAAAGUCGAUUUUUCCGGCUUCCGGAAAGUCCGUACUUUCCGGAAAUUCCAAAAGCUCUGGAUUUUCCGAAAAGGCCGGACUUUCCGGAAAUCUUGCGAAAAGUUCGGAUUUUCCAGCACUGCGAAAAAUCGAUUUUUCCGGCUUCCGGAAAAUCCGAUCUUUCCGGAAAUUCCAAAAAGUCCGGACUUUCCGGAAAUGUUGCGAAAGGUCCGGAUUUUCCGGAAGUCGGAAAAUCGAUUUUUGCGGCUUCCGGAAAAUCCGGAUUUUCCGGAAAUUCCAAAAAGUCCGGACUUCCCGAAAAGUCCGGACUUUCCGGAAAUCUUCCGAAGAGUCCGGGUUUUCCGGCACUUACGAAAAAUCGAUUUUUCCGGCUUCCGGAAAAUCCGGACUUUCCGGAAAUUCCAAAAAGUCCGGACUUUCCGGAAAUCUUCCGAAAAGUCUGGAUUUUUCGGAAGUCGGAAAAUCGAUUUUUCCGGCUUCCGGAAAAUCCGGACUGUCCGGAAAUUCCAAAAAGUCAGGACUUUCUGAAAAGUCCAGCCCGGCGGAUUGCGUGGCGCACGACCUCGAUCUUGAGCCACGCAGCCGCUCGAUUCUCUCGGACCUGGGAAGCUGCAAAAUCGAUUUUGUGUGGCCGGAAGGUUGCGUGGCCUACAGCAGCGAUUUUGUGGCCGGUAGGGUUGGCGGCCUCCUGCGCGAUCCACAAAAUCGCGCCUGUGGUCGGCGCAAAAUCGAUUUUGUGUUGUGGAAGGGUUGCGCGACGCACAAAAUCGAUUUUGUGGAAGGUAGGGCGAAAGAGUGCGAUCCCCUGGCCUGCGCGGUAUACUAGUUCAAUUUUUCGCGAUCUAGGGGGCUUGCGAAAUCGAUUCUGUGUGCCUGGGGAAUUGCGCCGCCAACUUUGUGCGGCCUGGGGGGGGCUGCAGCCUGGAUUUUGUGUGCCUGGGAGAUCUUCAAACUUGGGAUCUGAGAGAGCAUCGUCCUCGAGCUUGUAUUCCUAUGACAUGCGUAUGGCGAUGGCAGAAACUUUUUGCUCCAAAACUUUUUUUUUUUGGGCAUGCAAUUCAUUCAUCAUGAAAACUAGACACAUGCUGGGCGGUGAAUAUUCCGCGCCUGAGCAGGGCGGCUUUUUCUGUAGGCUGAGCUAGCUAGUCUGAAUGCAGGGACAAGGUGGGCCGGCCCGUCGGCUGCGUCACGGAUUCGUCCUGAGCCCUUUGGCCUCGAGGUGCGUGACAGCUAGGCUCCCUGCCGCGGCCUUGGCGUGUCGAGAAGCAGUUCAGGGUAUGGCAGCGCAAUGCUGACUGUUCGCACAAGGGCGGCAAUCUCAAACGAGAAUGGCCAGGGGGCCUGGCGCGCCAUAGCUUCCAAAGUACUCUGCGAGGCACAGAAGGUGUAGGCGUACAGAGCCAGUAAAGUCGUCCACUUUAUUCCGGGCCCGAUUGUGUAACGCCCGUCCUUGCCAGGUUCGCGUGAUCAGUUUCCCUGACAUUGCUUUUGAAAAGCUGCAAACUUGCGGAAGCAAAAAGAGGGCUCGGGCCCCCCCUUGAGGGGGGGGGGUUUGGGGGACCCCCCUUCGUGGAGAUACCAAUGGGGAGUACCCUUCUGAGAAGACCCAAAAAGGGGGGGGGGUUGGGGGACCCUCUGGGGGACCCCCUGGGGGCUUUUGCUUGCUUCCGGAGACACAGGAUUCUUUUGCUCUUUGCAAAGCAACCGGGGAUGAAAAGGGCUGGCCCGAGACCAAAACCCGACGUCGCGGCGUAUCCGCGGCGGCUAAGUCGUCGGCGCCGUCGCGCUUACCUUUCAAUUGUUUGACAGCCGAGCGUGACCACAUUUUUUGCCUGCCGGGGCACGGGCCGGCUUUUUGCCACGGACCGCGGCACAAACGGCCACGGCUUGGUUGCGUAUUUCUUGUCUUCGACCAGCGCCAUCCCAUGCGAUGGCUAUCCGGCUCCUGCGCAUGCCGUCACGGACCAAUUCCUACUGUUCGCGCUGGGUGAUUCGCAUGCCCCCAAAAAAAAAAGUUAAGAGAGAGCAUCGUCCUCGAGCUUGUAUUCCUAGUACAAGCGUCGCGCCCGAUUCUUUUACACAGGUCCGACAUCCAUCCCAUGACACGGUCCCGCUUACGCGGGAGGGAGAAGGACUUGAUUUCCUUCGAGGCACUGCAGACCGAAAUCAAGUACGUUGUGAAAACAGCGUAUUUCGGCGAAGGAGCCGAUCUCCAGGUGCUGCUCGGUGAUCUUUUUGCGAAGGCGGUGAAGAUAUCAAAUGCAAAAAUGUCGGGGUCUGGAAGAAUGCAACCUUUGGACUCUACAAGCAUCUGUCUUGCAUGAUGAGCAACAGGAGGAGUCUAGGUUUUACUAUGUGGAAAUGGCGUUUCUCUGCAUGCGGAAUAGGCAUGAAGUCGCCUCAAAAAAUCAGUGAUGCUGUGACAUGCAUCACAGACAUCAUGGGUCAUGCAAAAUGUGCAUGACAAACCUCGCAUCCUUCCAGACCCAGACAUACUUAUUUGCAUUUCAUAGAAGAAGGACCCAGCACGAGGGAUCUUAGCUACACCCAGCGGUGCGUCGUCAUCGAGUGCGGGCAGAAGUACCAGCCGCAUCGGUCGCAGCGCGACAGGAAGCCUACAGUUCCCGCAGACGCCCGGCACGCAGUCGCGGCCGAUGAGGCCGGACCAGCUCCACGGUCGCCACGAGUUUUUAGCCGCUAUGGUGGUGGGUCUUGGGCACCUGGCGUCUCCGUGGAAGACAAGUCCGGCGCGGCGCUCGCCCGCCCGCCAGACCCGCAAUGCGACCUUGGCAGCACCAGCGACUGCGCCUGCGCAGCAGACCAUGUGGUCCGUUGGGGAAAUAAACAUCGGAGGAGAACAAGAACACAGGGGCGGAAAUGUUGGCCGGUUGCUUAGCGCAGAGCCCUACCUCGGCACGGCUGCGGACAAGGCGCAGCAAAUGCUGGAGCGGAGUUACAGUGACGAAAAGCGACAGUCUAUCCUGACUAAAAACGUCCCCCGCCAGAGUUGUAAUGCAGAUUUGCAAAGACAGGAACACUUGUAAUGCGCAUCCCCAUGAGAGCCACUUCCAUUCGCGUUUUGGAAUUUGUGAUGCUGUGAACAGGAUGAGCAGAUGAAUCUGUGAUGCGGCUACACUUGCUAACCUGCACUACACUGCGGAGUGCAACUUGUCAUGCGCGACUCCCAAAACUCCUAGGUUUGUGUUGCAAAGUCCCCAUAUUGACUAUGGGGCGGGGACGUUUUUACAUAGGAUACAGUCAGUACUGGAUACGCUACCGUCGUUGGAGCACAUUUGGUGCUGCCACGGGAACAGAAACUGCGGGGAACGGAUGUACGACUGCUGCCAAGGGUGCGGCGAGAGUUGCCACUCCCUGGGACAGAGCUGGGACAAGGCAAAAGAGGUCUUCGAACAGGUGAACAGCCACGAAACCAAGAGUCGUCCCGUAGGUCCCCUGGACUUCAUCGAUAUGGCGCUGCAUCACAAGCCCCCGUCCAAUACCGAGACCGCCGAGGGGUCGUCCUCGUCGCGUUCGUGGUGGCACCAUACGUACCGCGCGCGCGAGGCUGCGCAGGAAAAUUAUUUGCAGGUCCUCCAGGCCGCACGGACAGCGCUCCCGCGAGGGCGAGAAUCCCGGGAGGCUCUGGAAAUGAUAGACGAGCUCGAAACCCUUUUCAACCAAAUGCCUGGAAACUUUUACAUGCAUUUCCACAACAAAGCGUCAGCGAGACGAGGAACACAGCACGGCGGGGAUGGCGAUUGCGACCAAUGCUGCGACCAGGCGGCAGACCUCGGUUGUUGCUGCUGCUGCCCCGGCAACUGUAGUCGCGAGAUGGAGGCGCACAGUACGCUCGCGUUCCCGUGCUGUACGAAAGGGCUAGAGUGCUGCUGUUGCUGCCACAGCGAUUGUUGCCUCGGACGCGUGCUCAUGCCCACUUUUGCCUGUGAGGGACUCUGCGACGCGAACCCCGAUCGCGACUAUGAGAAUGCACAACUCCUUACUCCCCCGAUCCACCUCAUUAUUUGCAAGGCAUGUACAGCAGCCGCAGCGACGGGACACAAAUCUCGUUUCUAGUACACGACAAAAAAAUAAGAACACCGCGCGCGGACACGAGCAGCGUCGGGUCUACCGGAACCUGGGCACGCAAGCAACAGCGGCAAAGGGGAACGGCACGGCUAUGAAUUAUGCAUUUUUGAUGAAAUACAUGAUUAUGGGGAGGAGGUCGAGGGCGGGGAGUUGUUGACUCUCAUAGCGACAACGGGCAGAGGUGCCUCAAGAAUUGCGGAUGCUUCACGCUGGGGAAACCUGAUGGGAGUGGCGACUCGCUGAUCUACAUGCUGCUGGAGUCCAUGGUGAAGAGCUACCACCGUGUGGCCGCCGUACCGGCAUUGAAGAUGCAGCUGCACCAUGUACUCAGCACGGAAAGAGUCUCGAGAGCAGCGUCGGGAGAGGAGUUGCAGCUGUUGAAAGAGUUCGUGGAAAAGACUCACACUGAGUUUCGCCGCAAGGUUCAUGAUAUGGACGCGGUCAAGCGUCGUGCGAUGUUCGGACCCCACAAGACGCUGGCAUCGGGUGCCGAAAGAAUCUGCGACAUGUGCACCGGCGCGCAUCCUGCUGGGCAGGACGAGUUACUUAUCAUUCAGAAAAGUACUAGCAUCUACUUCCAUGGUAUCUGUUUGCAGAAGUAGCAGCGCAGAUGAAAUAAAACACUGGGCGAGCCUCUCGCAAUCUAUUAGUGUCGUGACACAUCACAUAAACUGACAGUUUUUAUUUUGCCUGGUUGAUGACCAGGUGGUAUAAUCGCCUAGGCGUGCCACCAUUCGUUAUUCCUCAUCUCCUGACCAGUCCCUGCAUACCUAGCCAUUGGUUGUUUUACCACAUUGAUUGUGCAAGAAGGUGACAGGAUUGCUCUGAGCGUCGUCACAUGUCCUAUUAUUCCAAUGUCUUUGAUGAAUGGCGAACAGAUAUGAUGAUGCGCUAGCUAUUUCUUUCCCGCGGGAUAUUGCUUGUCGAUCAAGGGGCAACGCCCGAGAGUUUUGAAGAGAACAGACUACCGCGGUCGCACCUUUAUUCGGGGCACAUAAAAUGUCUGGGUCUAGAAAGACCCAAACUUGUAAUGCGUAAUCAGGUGAAGGUGAAGAUCGAAAAUGCGCUGUCAACAUCUUGUAUGAAUAUAUUACACAAACAGUCGCCCACUUGCUGCCACGAAAAAAGAGUUAUCAUGCGGAACAGGCUCCUUCAAGACCACCGCGAGGACUGCGCAACGCCUGAACUAGCAUUUGCGUGCGUUCCAGGCCAUCUUCAGUGUGCUGCAAAAUAAAUAAUAUACGUGGUUUUCUUUUCUAACCCAGACAUGUUUACAGAUGAUAGCCUUGAUGCGGGUGACGGGCCGCACCGCGAGUGCUGGGCCAUGUGUGGGCAUAACGCAAACUGGUGUGCCGCCUGUUCCUGCCGAGGUCUAGCACUGUACGGUGGUCUCGGAUGCUGCGGAGCCACGUCCAACGUGUGCUGCAAUUACGUAGCGUUGCCCCUGCACAAGUGCGGAGAAGAAGCCUGUUGCGAUUAUCGGACGCCGUGUUGCGAGGGACCGGCGACGGCGAAUUGCGGCCGGGUGAACAGCGCUAUGUGCGCAAAAGGGUGCGACGAUCUGGUGAACUUCUCCUGCGGCACCUGGUGUCAAGGCUGUUGCGUCAAAUUAGCGUACUCGGGAUCUCGUUUCUCAAGCGGAGCGGUGUGGACCGGUCGGCGUGCCCGGGGCUAUGCUGGGUACGCGUCAAACCGCUGCGCACCGGUUGCGUCACGGAAAUGCCGGCAGUGCGUAGCGAGCGGGUGCGGCAGUGCCGCGGUCCUUUGCUGCGGGGGCAACACCGUGACACGCAACCAGAUGUGCAGUCUUAAGGUGCCGGGCGAGAUUCCCGGGUUUUGUUGCAACCUGUGUUCAAUUUGCGGAUGCAACUGCAAGCACGUGGUCUGGGAGCCGCGGGGUGACCGCCUGCAAACCGGUGAUGGGGGCGCUGUCCAGUUCCAGUCCUCCGGUUGUUGUGUUCCAGGACUCAUGCGUUGCGGACUCGAGGCCUGCCCCGGCGGGUGUAUUGGUAGCUUUGCGUUUCCGCUUGUAGCCCCCUGGGCCGGACUGCUAGCUGAUGUCGGUGUGCAGGCGGCGGGCGUUGCAACCUUUGCGGCCAACGUCGUUGUGGGCGACAUCAUUUAUCGCGGUGCUCGUUAUGUGCAGUUUGCGCUUACUCUGCUCGGACGAGCACUCUCGGCCGCGGGGCAGUUGGCGAAAGGCACGCUCACCCUUGUGUACCUGAUCGGACGCGGCCUCUUGUACAUCUCGGCGCUCGCGGUGGCUUGGAUCUUCUACGGUAUCGGAAUGGGAGUCUGCGCAAUCGGAGAACAUUGCGUCGUUCCUGCCUUGACGGCAGGCUUCCAGUUUGUAGUUCAAGCCGCUCAGGCCUUGGGUGUCCUGCUAGAGCCCUGCGGAACGUGCGUGAGCAAGGGGUGCGACCGCUGUACCGCGGGGAUUUCUGCCGGGUGCACUGCGGCUGGUACUGGAAUAUCGAAUGGGUGCCGCCGGCUCGCGUCCGGUUGUGGCAGGGUAUGUGGAUCUUGCAGGGACGGCGCAGCAGCUGGCUGCUCGGUGCUAGGAAACGUCCUCCAGGAGUUGUACAACUUGGUGGGUGUGCCGUUAAUGCGUGGACUCGCUUGCUGUUGCAAUUGCGGCACUACUUGCUGCGUGGGCGCCUGCAAGUGCGUGUUUAAACACCCCCGCAUUUCCGCAGCGGUAACUACUCUUCUUUUGGGCACGGGAGCGGUUGCAGCCUACCAGAUGGGUAAAAUGCAGCCCCUUUUGGAGCGGUUGCAGCCACAUGUGACUCAGUCUUCUUCGCCGGUGGAUGUUGUUGGCUCGUCAAGUAGUACAACUUCUCUUGUCGACGAUCCUGACCGACAUGAUCGCUACGUGGCGCCGUUGGGCGUGGCGUCGCCAUAUGAAAUGUCCAUGACCACCUAUCAAAAGGAAAAAUCCCCCCUCCCCAUAUCGAAAACAAAAUUUGUGAUGCUGUAUUUGAGUACACAAAGCGACUUGUAAUGCUAGAAGGCCAAGUGACGCAGCUGUGGCCCCCUCGUUUGCAGGCAAUUUGUAAUGCUGUUUCCCACUUCCAGCUGCCCCCUGUCAUACUGAAGAUGCAAGGCUUUCCCACGCCAACCAGCACUACAGUCCGCAUCUUUCCCGUUCUAGCAUGACGAAGCUGAUUUGUGGCCACAAAUCCGCAUCACAAAUUUCUAGUUUGAGUAUGGGGUCGCGGGGGGAUUUUUCAUUUUGAUACCACCACCACGGCCUGGAUGUCGCCCGCCUCACACCCACCAGCGGCACCCACGGUCCCGCGACCGGCGGUGGAGCCGCCCCGGCUGGGCAUCACUUCGACCACUGCCCUUGCAGCGCAGCAACCCAGCAGUGGAGUUGCCGUGCCUGCUUCGGGUGGCACUUGGGCGUUUGCAAACCCUGCUGGUGGUGGGCCGAGUGGUGACCUUCCGGCUACCCUCACCACCUCUGCGCCUUCCGGCGAGCCCGGGAAAGAACGAAAACUGCGGGAAGAACUUCCGCGGCGUGGAGAUAGUACUAUUUUGACAACUACUGCGAAGAAGAACACAGCUGCCUCUAGAUCUACAACCACUGACUCGGCGAUGACGAAGGAAGACGGGGGAAGUGGCCCAGGUCGUGAAGAUCCUCACAGUGCGGAGGAGACAGAAAGGGGACGACGAGAACAAUCGGAGGUUGAGCGGGAGAGGCGAGAGCAGGACUUCUACGAAUGGCAUGACAAAAAUGCGGACCACUUUGGUAGGUUUCCUGCGCUUUUUGAGCAGGGUAACUUAGGCGACGCGGAAGAUUUUUUGAGCGACGGUGUGCUCCCGGAGGAGCUGCAGACGCUUCCAGAAAACGACCUCGGUGCGCCGGAAGAGACGGACAUGAGCCAAAUCAUCCACGACCUAAUCGACGAGGACGCGAGGUUGCGAAGCAGGCUCACGACGGGAUUGCGUAACCGCGGCUCGUCCUCUCGUCACGCAGAACACGAAGAUAAAUCCUCUCCCCCCUCCUCAACUGCGACGACAAGUAAAAGGCGCACUGAGAAUGAUUGGAGGGACCGGGCUCGGAGCUUCAACGAAAUGUACGUGCGGGCUGUGAAAGAGACUCGAGAAGCACCGCGAGACCAGGAGUCGUCUUCCGGGAAGUUUUGGCUGGCCAUGCAGCGCAUCGCCACCGCAACCGUGCCCCCGCCGACAGCCCAGCAAACGGCUCGGGCAAGUACCCUUUUCGGUGGAGCUCUCGUCGGAACCUCCAGGCGGAUGGCGAAUGCGCCCGCACAGGAGCAGAUGAAAAUGGGAUCUGCUCCCGGCGAACAAGCCUCGCUGUCAGAGAGGGACGAAACCCGAAGAAAGAAGCAGAAUUGA